AUGGAGGAGAUGUUGUUUGCCAUGAGGAUUGAAACGGAUACUAAGGGACUGUCUAUUUUUGAAGAAGUCAGAAGUUACUUAAGCGAGAACAAUAUUCCAAUAGAGAAUAUAAUUGCUUGUGCAACUGAUGGUGCCACUUCUGUGGUUGAUCGAUACAGAGGAUUCAUCGCUCAUCUAAAAAGAAUUAUACCUUCUAUCUUUACUAUUCAUUGUGUCAUUCACAGGGAGCACCUAGUAGCUAAAAACUUAGGAGGACAUCUCAAUCUUUCGUUUUCAGUUGUCAUAAAGGCUGUAAACUUCAUCAAAUCCCAUGCACUUCAGGAUCGUCUUUUCCGGCAGCUGUGUGAAGAAAAUGAUGAAGACUUCCAGACGCUGCUGCUGCAUACCGAGGUGAGGUGGCUUUCCAAGGGAAACUGUCUUCAACGUUUUGUUACACUCUGGGACACCAAAGUUUCCUUCAUGUCUGAUAAAGAGCAUGGAGAAAGACUCGUUGAUGCUAAGGCAGACAUAUUUUAUCUGGCAGAUAUCUUUCAGAAACUUAAUUUGUUAAACAAGACCUUACAGGGCAAAAACAGUAACCUUGUAGAUUGUAAGGAAGACAUUGUUUCUUUCCUUAAGAAUCUCGAAGACUAUUGCCACAAUAUGGGACGUCAGGAAUUUUUACAAUUUCCAAACCUGAAGAUGAUCGCAGAGGCACUGAAAGACGAUGACCUUACCGUUUAUGUGAAACGUCUCAAGCAGAUACACAAGGAUAUGCAAGAAAGAUUUAAUGACCUGUUAAACCUCGGUAUCCCGGAUUGGAUUCUGAAUCCAUUUGAAGCACAACUCACCCAAGUUGAGGCAGAAAUUCAAGAGAGUUUGAUUGAUCUUCAGAGUGAUAUAACUGCACGUCAUCAGUUCAGUCAGUUUCAAAAAGAUUUUUGGAUCAAGAGUGAUCUGCCGAAUAAAUUUACAACACUGUGGGAAAAAGCCCAAAGUUUUUUUAUUGCCUUUCCCUCAACAUAUUUGGUUGACAGCGGAUUCUGCAAGGUAGUUUUCUUGACAAAAUCCAGGAACAGAAUUGAAAUCGCAACAAGAGGUGACCUCCGACUGUCAUUGUCUAAUUUGGAGCCCGAUAUCAUGAAACUUGCAGAAAAGCACCAACCUCAAGGAUUGCAUUAG